AGUCGGCGGUCCAACAAUAGUAGCGCGAACCAUCUCCCAGCGCCCUUCUCCUGUUCUCACGGGGACGGGCCGCCGGUCCCUGGGGCGGGGGGAGAGGCAUUCCUGCAGCACCCCCACCCCGCUCCAAGCCCCAAGGCAGGAAGGGAGGGAGGAGCCCCCCCUCAAAAAAAACACAGGGGCGCCCCGCGCUCUCCUCCCGGGGCCCAGGGGAAGAGGAAGGGGCGGCCCAGCAGCCGCCGCCGCCAGGCGAGGCGUCUAGGCUGCCGCGGGGCCGCUCCCUGCCGCGGCCCCGCCCCGGAGGCCGGCGGUGUCGGCUGCUGCACGCUGGCUGGGAAACAUGGCUGAAGUCGGGGAGGACAGCCACGGCGCCCGGGCCUUGCUGGCGCUGCGCUCGGCUCCCUGCAGCCCGGCCUCGGCGGCGGCGGCGGCGGCUGCAACGGCCCUCGGCGGCCCCUCCGCCCCGGCGGGCUCGCAGCCGCCGCUGCUGCUGCCGGUCUCGGCCUCCGCCGCCGCCGCCGCCGCCUCCUCCUCGCCGCCGCUGGCCCGGCUGCAGGGCCGCGACGUGGAGUUCCUGAUGCGGCAGGCGGCGGUGACCAUCGGGCGCAACUCCUCGCAGGGCUCGGUGGACGUGCACAUGGGCCACUCCAGCUUCAUCUCGCGCCGCCACCUCGAGCUGGCCUUCCGCGCGCCCCACUUCUACCUGCGCUGCCUGGGCAAGAACGGCGUCUUCGUCGACGGCGCCUUCCAGCGGCGCGGCGGCCCGGCCCUCCAGCUGCCCCCGCAAUGUACGUUCCGAUUCCCCAGCACUGUCAUCAAGAUCCAGUUCACGUCGCUCUACCACAAGGAGGAGGUGAAGGAGGACGCCUCGUCACCUCCUCUUCGACCACUCUACCCGCAGAUCUCGCCUCUCAAGAUCCACAUCCCGGAGCCGGACCUCCGGAGCUUGGUCAGCCCUCUGCCCUCCCCCACUGGCACGAUCAGCGUUCCCAACUCGUGCCCGGCCAGUCCUCGUGGCGCUGGUUCCUCAGGAUAUCGCUUUGCUCAGAAUAUUACCUCGGACCUGCAGCUGGCGGCUGAAUAUGCAGCGAAGGCCACCUCGGAGCAGCAGGCAGACGCGUCCGGAGGAGACAGCCCCAAGGACGAGUCCAAGCCGCCGUAUUCGUACGCCCAGCUCAUUGUUCAAGCCAUCUCGUCGGCCCAGGACAGGCAGUUAACACUAAGCGGGAUCUAUGCCCACAUCACCAAGCAUUAUCCGUACUACAGGACAGCCGAUAAAGGCUGGCAGAAUUCGAUUCGGCACAACCUCUCCUUGAACCGCUACUUCAUCAAAGUCCCGCGUUCCCAAGAGGAGCCUGGAAAGGGCUCCUUCUGGCGGAUCGAUCCGAAUUCAGAAGCCAAGCUCGUGGAGCAGGCCUUCCGGAAACGGAGGCAGAGGGGGGUGUCCUGCUUCCGAACCCCCUUCGGGCCUCUCUCUUCCCGGAGUGCGCCUGCCUCCCCCACUCACCCUGGCCUGCUAUCCCCUCACACGAGUGGCCUACAGACCCCAGAGUGCCUGUCGAGGGAAGGUUCGCCCAUUCCACACGACCACGACUUUGGCUCAAAAUUAGCCUCUGUCCCAGAGUAUCGAUAUUCGCAGAGCGCUCCUGGCUCGCCCGUCAGCGCCCAGCCGGUCAUCAUGGCCGUCCCCCCUCGGCCCUCCGCCCUCAUGGCCAAGCCGGUGGCCUACAUGCCGGCCUCCAUCGUGACUACCCAGCAGCCUUCGGGCCACGCCAUCCACGUCGUCCAGCAGGCCCCCACUGUCACCAUGGUCAGGGUGGUGACCACCUCUGCCAGCUCGGCCAACGGCUACAUCCUGACCAACCCGGGGGCCGCGGGCGGCGGCCACGAAGCAGCCGGCACCGUUCUGGACUUGGCCGGUGAGCCUCGAGGGAUGGACGAGAAGCCGACCAUUGCCUUCGCCGCGAUCCCCGCCGCCAGCCGGGUCAUCCAGACCGUGGCCAGUCAGAUGGCUCAGGGCGUCCCGGGACAGACAGUCACCAUCCUCCAGCAGGCAACCCCUAUGACCAUUGGGCAGCACCAGCUCCCUGUCCGGGCAGUGACGCAGAACGGGAAGCACGCCGUCCCCACCAACAGCAUAUCCGGCAGCGCUUACGCCCUCACCAACCCGCUGCAGCUCCUGGCGUCCCAGGCCAGCUCCUCCGCUCCUGUGGUUGUCAGCCCAGUGGGCGAGGCCGGGGCGAGAGAUGCCAAAGAGUCUUCAAGCGAGCCGGACGUCAAGCGGCCCCGACUCGAGGAUUCCAGGGGGGCAGUCCUGUUGCAGACCGGCGUGAUCACCUCCACAGGCCCCCAAGGACAGGCUGCCAGUGAAUGACGGGCCGGAAUGUUCCGGAAGGCAGCCCGGGGGGAAUAAAAAAUUUUUUUAACGAAAAACUACACUUGUAACACCGCGACCCUUCAGAGCGAGCGAGCGAGCGAGAGUGAUUUUGUUGUUGUCUAAACCUCCUUUCGAAAUAAGAUUUUAAAGGACAGGCCGACCGUCCUGGAGUCCUUGAGGUGCCGCACAGAUGGGGGAAGCCCCCACCGACCUGUACCUGGGCUGCCUUUUAUUUCGGAGAUCUCCCCCCCACCCUCCCUUUUUUAAAUGAUUCAAAACAAAACAGACAAUGUGAUUGUAUGACUGCUGGGAUGAUUAAUAGUGCUUUCUUUCUCCAUCCAUUAAUUCUCUUUCUUCCCCUCUUCCGUUCCCGCAACGCACAGGAGGGGUGUAUGUGGGCGUAUUGAAAAAUGACGGACCGAGGCGUGUCCUCCUGGGGGAGCAGGGGAGGGGGGUGGCUUCUGAACCCCAGAGUCGUCUUUCCCGGCCCCUUUUCUCUCUCGCAUAUUCACACACACACACCCUUCCUCCGGUUCACAGAGCUUCAUAACCGAACCGGAAGAAGCCGGCCCAUUCAAGUCCUUGCCAAAAGUUAAGCUAGCUCUGGGCACUACCGUAGCCUCAUCCAGACAUUAUCAAAAUCGCCCCGCUGUCGCGGUCUGCAGCAGGGCCAGGGAGAGGAAGUCCCGCCCCCCCUCCCACCACCACGUCAAUCAGCAACACGCCCCGCCGCAACUUUAGCCUCGCUGUAAGCGCAAGCGGUGGGGCGUGCCGCUGAUUGGCGCAGGGGGGGGGGCGGGACUUCCUCUGCCUGCGCCCUCCUCUGCACGGCUACAGCGGGGCGAUUUUGUGAUGAUCUGGAAUGAGGCCCGUAUACCUGCAGCACUAUCUCGUCUAGCUCACCUGUACGCGAGCCGCUCUACUAGGGGAAGGGCUGCCUUUUGAGCCCCUGCCCGCGUUCUUCGUUGAAAGGCGCCCCGAGUGUUCAGUGGUUCAUCACAAAGCGGCAAGGCAGCGUUUCCGUGCACAGCGCUCUUAUUAGCGGGGCAGGUGGGGGGGGGUGUUGUGAAGGGGGAACCGCCUGCUGGAAUCUCCAGGGUCAUUCUUGUCUGAGAAAGGGAGAGAGAAAUGGGAAUAAAAAGUGCUUAAUCCGUAAGGCUGAUGCAGACAUACUGUUUUUGUUAGAGCGGAAAUACCCAACCAUGGCCCACCAGAUCAUGCUGGGCUGUGGCUUCUGUCACCCCCAGCCACAAGGGUGGCCGUUGUGGGCUAGGGAUGAUGGGAGUUGUAGUCCCAACGCCUGGGGGCCCACGGAUGGGCACCUCUGUGUUCGAUAGGGUCCUGGGUUCAACUCCCCAUUCUGUCAUGGAACUUCGUGGGUGGCCCUGGCCCAGCUGUCCUUUCUUAGCCUGACCUACCUCACAGGGUUGUUGUGAGGGUUAAAUGGGAAAACCGUGAACUGAGCUCUUUGGAGGAAGGGCAGAAUAAAAAUGUAACAAAUAAAUAAUAAUUGACUGUAGUUAAA